UCUCUCCUUUCUUCCCUGUAUUCUAAGCAAACCCCACAACCAUCAGCAUCAUCAUGAGCACCAUUUCCGCUCCAUGAAGCCUUCUCCUUUCUCUCUCUUUUCCUCUUUUAGUUCCAAUCUAUAAAGUGUGCCCACUAAUCUAUAUGAUCAAACUAGUUAGGAUCAACAAAAAUAACCCACCAAGAUUAUUUAUUGUGGUUGUUGGAUAGGAUCCAAGGCUUAUCUCUCAAUUAAUUUCUCCCUUAGGAGAUAUUGGUUUGAUGAUGAGGAAGCCUCCAUCCAUGAAGGGUAACAAUAGUAAUGGGACCAAUAAGCAUAAGAAAGGGUUAUGGUCGCCAGAGGAAGACGACAAGCUCGUCACCUAUAUGCUAACAAAUGGCCGGGGUUGUUGGAGUGACGUGGCUAGAAAUGCUGGCCUGCAGAGGUGUGGCAAGAGCUGCCGGCUUCGAUGGAUAAAUUAUCUCAGACCCGAUCUCAAACGAGGCGCGUUUUCGCCUCAGGAACAAGAGCUUAUCGUCCAUUUACACUCCAUUCUUGGCAACAGGUGGUCUCAAAUAGCGGCUCGCCUGCCUGGUCGUACGGACAAUGAAAUAAAGAACUUUUGGAAUUCAACAAUAAAGAAAAGGCUAAAGCAUUCAUCAUCUACUGCCUCACAUAACGCCAGUGAUUCAUCGUCGGAGCCUAACAAAGAUGCCAUGGCGGCAGGGUUCAUGACGAUGCUUGAACAAGAGGUUCCGCCAAUUUACCUGGAUUUAUCAUCGGCUUGGUCGAAUUCUUUCUUGCAAUCCAUGGUCCUUAACCAUUCCGGCAACUCUUUACCGAUGCUCCAGCAUGGCAGAAACGUUGUUGGGGCUGUCGGAUACUUUGAUCCGGCAGGCUCAUGCGUGACACAGGCUGAGGUGAACGGGGACAGUUCCUUGGGUGAAAGUGAGAUAUUUGGAAGUGUUGAUAAUGGGAUAGAAAGGGAGUUAUAUGUGCCUCCACUAGAAAGCAUUGGGAAAGACCUUAAAACUGAAAACUCAGUUGAUGGGAACAUCAACAACGGUUUCAAUAUCAUAAAUACUAGCGGUGUUAGAAGCAACAACAAUAAUAACAUGUCGAAAAACAUGGACAGCGACGACGUUGGGAGUUUUUGGAUAGGAGAGGAGCUAAAAGUUGGAGAAUGGGACAUGGAAAAUUUGAUGAAAGAUGUUUCUUCCUUUCCUUUUCUUGAUUUCCAAAGCUGAAAAUAGUUAAUUCUAAACUUUAGUUAUAAUUAUAAACCUCCAAUAUAUAUAUAUAUAUAUAUAUAUAUAUAUAUCCAUGUAUUUGAACCACUUUUGGAAAGGAACAUCUCAAGGAAUGUUAUUGAGAUUGAUGUACAAAGCAAAAAAAAAAAAAA